AUUAGGGAAAGGGGUGGAGUGCUGGGAGGAACAGCAGCCAGUGGAGUAGGUUUGACUAUAAAGAGCUAGGAAAAGGGAGAGAGACAGCAUUUCAGACUGCCUUUGAGUCUUCAGCAAAAUUGGUCAUGGCAGAGGGCCGGGUCCAGUCACUUCAUUACUCCAUAGGGCUCCUGGGCAUUGCUUCAGGAUCCCUCUUGCUAGCUGUGCACUCCUACAGCUUCACCAGCCCAGCCCCUCUGAUCCCCAGCACGGCUCUGGGAGUCCUUCUGUUUAUUAUAUCAGCUCUCUUGGCAUAUGCAGGAGUUCAGAAGAGCCUGAGAAGUGCCUCCUUGUUCGUGUCGCUGUGUCUCACCAUCUCAGUGCUGUGGUGCAGCUAUGGAGUCAUCCACAUCCUGGCAGGGCAAGGGGUCCUGAAUGGCACUGGUGAUUUCCGCAAUGCCGUGGUGCCCGGCCUGGCGACAUUUACUCUGGGGCUCCUCAUCAUUGGGGUGGUGGGCUUCCUUCAAAGAGAGCUCAUCCUUGCCAUGGUUGCUUCUUGCAUUUCGCUUGCCUGUGCCCAUGAAAUUGCCAUGCUUUAUAACACGGCUUUUGGUUCCUCGGCAGUGGCUUGCAAUUAUAUGAUUGUCUGCUUCCUUGGGGGCUAUUUUGCUAUGGGGAGGGGUCUUUAUUUCCUCAGCAAGAAGAAAAUCACCUUUCCUGGCACAGAUCUAGGCAAGAGUAAGACCAAUGAGCAGGUCCAAGCCAAUGGUGCCAACACGAAUGACUUGGCAGUCAUUGGUCUGAUCUUGAACAUGCUGUCUGCCAGCGUCUUUGGCUGCAGGCUCCUGGGAGUGACCAGCAAGCUUGUGGGCCAAGUACCUUGGCUUUGGGCAGCUGGGAUUUACCAGAUUGGGGUCUGCAUUUUCUCUUACCGUGCCCUGGAUACGUUGGCUGCCACAUUCUUUGGUUUCACCUCUGUGCUGAAAUUUGCUGGAGGCUAUUCCCUCCUGUACCGGAUCUGGCAGCAGGAUGAGCCGGUUUUCCCCAUCCCUUUCUUGGUGGUUUUUGCUAUCCUCUUUGCUGUCUUGGCCCUUUUCAUCACCAUUAAAAGCCUGGUGGAUGGCCUGUAUUUGCUCUUUUACGUGGCCUACUGCAUCGCCCUAGCCUGUCACCCUCAUGGUUAUUUUGAAGGUGGUCCCCAAGGCGUAGACGUGGCCAUCUUUGUAGCCUCGGCCCUUAUGGCUCUCAUUUACCAGUACAACAUGAAGGCGAGUGCCAGAAUCCCUACAGGGGAGGGAACGGUCAAGGCCUUGCUCUCCCACAGCAGUCAUCUCAAACUUCAUGAAGGGAAAGACCUUCAUGCUCCCUACCUUGGCUAUUCCAAGUAUGCCGAUGCCGAGGUGCUUGGCUUUGCAUGCAGCGUCCUUGCUUCCUUUGCUAUCACGAUGACAGUGGACCCAAGGGCACCACUUGCUACUGUUGUUAUACCUUGGGUGGUGAUAGCCGGAGGGAUCCUUAAGAUUUUAUGUGGUUCAGUGGCCUUUGCCCGUGGUAAGACCUUGGAGAGCAGUGCCUUCAUUCUCUAUGGGGUCAUGUGGAUCAUCUGGGGCUUAACCAGAUAUGGUGAUCUCUAUGGCACUAGCAGGGGCUUCCAAAUAGCUGUAGGCAUCAUUGCCCUCAUGCUUUUCAACUGCUUCAUUGUCUUCUGCACUCUCUUCCUAAGCAUUUCCUGGUUCAUUUACUCCCUCACCUUCUUACUCAUACUCAUCAGCUUCGUGCUGGAUGCAGUCAAUGCCAUGCCAGCUGGCUAUGAUAUUGCUGUCACCAUCAUCUUUGGGCUGGCCAGCUUCUAUUGCUUCCUUUCUGCCCUUUUCAACAGUACCUUUGAAGGUUCCCACUUCCCUAUGGGUAGGCCUAUUGUGAAGCUCAGUGGUGUUGGGGGAGGAAGCACCAAAUGCCUUCACUUGCCUGCUAGGAAAGCUUCCUCAGUCAAGCAAAUUGCAGAGAUCAUGAAGAAUGGAGGAGCUUGUGGCAUCCCCACAGACACAGUGUACGUUCUGGUGGCAGCCUGCAAUCGACCUGAUGCCGUAGAGAAAGCUUACAAGACUAAGCGCCAGGCUCAGGAUCGCCCCAUGUCACUCUGGAUUUCUAGUCUGAAGCAGCUGGAACCUACAAAGCAUUUGUUCAACCCCAUACUGUGGGAUUUCAUGGCGGCUGCCUGGCCAUCUCCCAUUAGCCUGGUGGUUGCCAGAGGGGAAUGGGUGGACUUCCUGGGGAUGAAAGACUCUGCCAAAUAUGUUGGUACCUCUCAGAGCAUCGCCAUCCGUAUCCCCGACUGCUCCAUCACCACACAUCUCAUUGAUCUGGUUGGCCCCAUUGCAGUCACAUCAGCCAAUCCAACUGGAGAAGCAGACACCACCCACCACAAUCAGGUGUAUGCCAAACUGGGAGACAAGGUGGAUGCGGUUCUAUGCGAUGGGCCUUCUCCAGAGAACAUUGCCUCCACUGUUGUGGACUGCACCAAGAUUGAGAGUGGAAACAUAGGGUUCUUCAGGGUCGGCAUUGUUCCCAAAUCCCAGGUGCUACAGAUACUGGAGCAGGUGCAGAGGAAACACAUGCAGGGCCAUACCAAUGGCAGCGUCGCCGUGGCGGGCCAGAAGCAGCAGCAGCACCUCUCCCAUGCCAUCUCCAAUGGGAUACAUGCUGCUAGCCCAGAAGAGAGUGCAUUGACAUUAUUCACUAAUGGUGCAUUCAGCGCUGAUGAAGAGGGAGGAAAGCUCUGAGCAGCCCAGUUACACAUUCACCAGGGAGGGGCUUUCCAGUAAGUGACAUGAAGAUAAAAAUAGAGGAUGGGAGAGAGAUCCCUGUCUUAGGUGCUGUGAAUCCACCCUUCUAUGGAUACAGCUAAACUGCCUCUGCCUGGGGGUGAUUUAUAACCCAGGAAUGUACAGUGCUAUUUUUCCUCAUUGGAGUCCACCAGAUUUCACCAAAUACCAUCUAUGAUCAAACAAUCUUACUGGAGUGGCUUACUGGCCCCAGGUCCUUCUUCAAGGGUUUAUGCUUCAUCCCAAUAUGAAGACUGGUCAUACGGCCUCUGAUUUGGGAAAGUCUUUCUGUUAAUGUUACUUAUAUUGAUUUCCUUAGGGGGGAACUCUACAUGAAACAAGUGAUGAACCUUGCUCUCCCGCCCCCAUAGACCUUUUCAGAGGCUUGAACAUGAGUGCAGUGUAAACAUCAAGGUAGAUAGGAGAUGGCGCCUGGAUGUUGGCAUCUUUUCCCAAGAAAGGCAGGUACCUAAAGUUUAGCUACUUGGCUCAAAAUGAAGAUUGCAGAAGUAGUGGAGUUUCAGGAAAGACCCUCCUUUCUGAGGGAAUGAUAUCACCCUGGGAGCUGCUAGUAUCUACACUGCAGGCACAUUUUUGAAGUAUCAAAACUCUUAAACCUGAGAAUGCAGGCUUUUGUUCUUAACCUAGGGGCUUUGCUCAGCUUGCCUGCUGAGAGACAUUUGGGUCGGGUUCAACCAGUUCCAACUCUCCAUUCCCUCCAGGCAGGGAGUUGACACUCAUCUAUGUAGCUUAGUCUGCCCUGAGAGCAAAUUUAAUCCCCCCCCCCCCCCCCUGCACUGGAUAAUAAUGUGGCAUAUGGGGAAACUGAGGCACACAUAGGCUUCAUAAAAAAAUAUUACAACAGUUCCCACUUUGUUACAAUUCUGAGGGAACAAUAAGGCCUUCUUGACUUGUUGAGGAGAUGGCUUCCUUCUAUGCAAAGACAGAAUGUUGCAUCAUUGACUUAUUUAAUUUAUUUUGCAGAGU